CCCUUCACGACACUAAAAUCAGGGAUGUCAGGUCACUUCUGGUUGUCUCAAAUGGCGAUCAGCCGUUGAACCACCAGCACGGCACAUGGAGGUUAUAAGAACAAGACAAUCCCAGAAUGACUUGUCUAAUUCGUCUUGGCUACUUACACUCCUUCCACUGUCUUCCAUUCACCACCUCAUGACCUUUCUUUCUACACUCCUUCACGUUGAAUCUCUUAUCACAUAACUCCACAAUGGCCACCCCAGCUCAUGCUAACACCCACAACAACGGUCCUAUCGACCACAACGACCUCAACGAAUGGAAGGACCGUUUCAAUGACGUUCUCGCUCGCCCUAGUGAGCACGUCAACUCGAAGUCUCCCGAGACCUCUCGACCUUGGCAAAACGGCUUUUUCGGCUGCUUCAACCCUAUCGACCUUUGCGCUAUCACUUGCUGUGUUCCUUGCGUGACCUUUGGUAAAACCCAUCACCGUCUUCGCAAGAACGGCAGUCUCACGGGCUAUGAGCCUAUCAAUACUUCUUGUCUCAUGUUCUGGGGUUCCACUUGCUUUGGCCUCCAUUGGAUCCCGCUCGCCCUCCAGCGCGCCAACCUUCGUGAGAAGUAUAAUCUCCAGGGCAGCUGUCUCGUCGAUCUUGCUACUGCUUGCUGCUGUGGAUGCUGCGAUCUGAUUCAACAAGAAAAGGAGGCAGAGUUUCGUGAGGCGCAGACUGCUAUCGCAAGCAAGGGCUACGAGGCCACAGCGGGAAUGAGCAUCCCCCAACCUGAGCAGAAAGUCUAAGAAAGAUUUUGUGCACUGAUUACUAGAUGAUUUAAGUUGGUUAUGGGUUGAUUGUGCGCAUGUCCUAUUAUCACUUUGACCCUGCGGUGAUGGACUGAGAUAAUGGUGGUGUUCCGAUUACAAGAGAUGGCCACGUUAAUGUAUUCUUUUCAGUGCCUCAUUUGCUAUCGCUGAGAGUCUGUACCAAUCACCAUUCUUGUCCCAAUUGAUUAGCUGCAUUAUUACUUUUGUUUUGUUCAGAAUUGUGAAAGAUUCGUUAACCACUUCCUGUUGACUGAUACUGAUUCAGAACCUACCUUUAGCCAUACUUCGCAGCCUAGUGAUAUUCAUCCUAGUCUUUGGAUAUUUUGGUAGAUGAGUUUCGAGGUCAGUUCGAGAUAACCAUGAUUUUUCGAGAAAUCGGGGAGCGGAAUUAUCAACUUAUUACCUUUCAAUAUAACCACUUGAUAAGGGUGAACGGCCUCUAUUUAAGCAUCGGCGGUUUGGUAGAAG